AUGCCGGUGGAGGACGGGGCCCCGCGGGAGCAGCCGGGCGUCCCCAGUGGGGUGUCACAGAGCGCGGCGCAGCGGGGGCAGCCCCCGUCCGGCGGCGGCGGGACGGAGGUGACGCCAAGGGAGCAGGCGGCCGCGGUGUCCCGCGAGGACGCCCUCAUGGUGCCGGCACGUCCGGCUGCGCCGCGGUGUCUCCCGGCUGCCACGAGUGUGUUUGCCCCCCGGGACGCGGGGCUGCGGGGGAGAGGCCUGGCGUGGAGGCUGUCCCAGGUGCUCAUCCCAUCCUCCCAUCGCCCUGCAGGGUUCCUGUGCCUGCGGUCAGCCCACGCUGCCCCCUUCCUGGCCGGCAUCGUCAUCCUCGGCGUGGUGCACCACACGCUGACCGUGAAGGGCAGCCACCUGGCCAGCCACAACGCCCUCACCGAGUCCAAGGCCUGGGGCAAAGUGUGGGCCAUCUUCUUCAUCGAGCUCUGCUCGGCUUUCACAGCCGAGCAGGCCACCUACAACCACGUGAAGCUCCACCAUGGCUACACCAACAUCAUCGGCCUGGGCGACUCCAGCACCUGGAAGCUUCCUUUCCUGAACUGCUACGUCUACAUGUUCCUCGCGCCCCUCGCAGUGCCCGUCAUCACCCCUCUCGUCGCGCUGGAUUUGCUGAGGAGCGUCAAGUUGAAAACAGCUCUCCGGACCAUUUGCUUCAUGUCUCUGGGUCUUUAUUCCCACUACUGGAUUCUGCUCCACGUCUCAGGCUUCCAGUCUGCCUGGUCCGCUCUGCUCUGCAUGCUGGUGACCCGCUCCCUCCUUGCACAUCCCUAUAUCCACGUGAACAUCUUCCAGCACAUCGGGCUGCCCAUGUUCGCGGCCGACAGGAAGCCCGCGCGGAUCCGGCUCAUGAGCCUCGGCGUGCUCAACCUGCCCCGCAACGCGCUGCUCGACUGGUCCUUCGGCCACUCGCUCAUCAGCUGCCACGUGGAGCAUCACCUCUUCCCCGGCCUCUCCGACAACAUGUGCCUGAAGAUCAAACCCAUCGUAUCCCGGUACCUGCGGGAGAAGCGGCUGCCCUACAACGAGGACUCCUACGCGUCCCGGCUCCGGCUCUUCCUGCAGAAAUACGAGGAGCUGAUGGUCCACGCUCCCCCCAUAACAGAGCUGGUGGGCAUCCAGUGA